GACACAUUCUACAACGGGGGAUGUAAGUUACAUUCGCACAUAAGGUUAAUAUAUGAUACAAUAUAACAAACAAUGAAACAUUUCCAUCCAAAGUCUUAAUGGUCGUCGUCAUAUUGGUGUGUGACUAGUUUCCGUAGUUCCCGCAGAUUAUACUCGAGUUCGUAUGGUGUACAUACUAAUGGCGAUGAUACAAGCUAAAUGCCUAGCACAUCAUCUAUCUACCAGACCACAGCCUUCAACAGAGCCGCAUCUGAAGUCACAUACGAUAUAGGCAAAUGGCCAAACGCUGAGCUCACAUACGAUAUAGGCAAACAGUCAAACGCUGCACUCACACAACUGCGCCACGAGAUACCGGACAUUCGCAUUCACAUAGCACCAAGACGCCCCGUUAGACACCUCUCCAGUUUCAUAGAUAGUCAUACCAUAACCGCCACAUUAGCGGUCAAAACAGUCAUGGGCGUCAACGGGCUUCCUCACACCAUGACGAAGUAUAAUGAUUCUAGAAGAAGCCCACACACCACCAGGUAUCCACAGGAUUAAGUUUCACAAACCGAAUCAUCAGCACGAAAGACCGAGUACAGAUUAAACCACCGAUCGCAGAGUCCAGCCUGCGCACAAUCCAUGCAACGCAAGACAAUUAGGCGUUUCGAUCUACAGCGCCCAAUUCGUAGAGUGUGUUUGGCGACCUAGUUGGUCAGUUUGUGAAUAGGAGAAUAUAAGGCUGGUUUAACCUCGAGAUCUUCUCGGGACUUUGGGUUCCAAUGCUGGCUGUGUUUGCUGCGGUGGAUUGGUGCCGGGGUGAGGGUAUGUGAUUGGCUGGAUGUUGUAUGGCGUACGAAAGAAUGUUCAAUCAGGAUCCACACAUCCUUUUACUUCGCCUCGUGGAUUAUGUUCCAUGUAUGAUUGAUUGCACGUGAUGUGGUCAAGUUGAGAUGAUACAGAGCUCGACGGUACAUGUCAUGUUCUUCACUCGAUCACUAUCAAGAAGUGCAAACCAUGUUAUGCAAAUCUCUUUCGACGUGUAACUGGGAUGUUGAUUCAGAAUUCUUUCUCUCCUACUAAAUCUUGAGUUCUUCUAGAUUACAAUUGCUCCGACAACGAUAUCAUACCAUCGCGUUUCGCUUUGUGCAGGCAAAUCAGAAUGUUUGAACAUGGUGAAAUAUCGUCAGGAAAUGAAAACCGAGCUGGAUUCUGGGUACGAUAUACCA